AGCACCUUAUUUUCGGUCCAUCAACCAAACUACUAACGGAAUCUCAGUCGCUUGGCCAAGUACUGUUGAUCGGGUAGCUACUACCAUGGGCGUCCAGCCGGAAAAGCGAGGCCUCGAGCAAGUCGACCUCACUUCCGACGACAGCUCAUUUCGACCUUCCAAGUCGUCGCGCACCCGGCGCGGGCAGCGAUUGGGCCAGGAGACAGCCUACCUCCCUCUCAGCCAACCGUCUCAGUCCCUUAUCGCAAAUGAAGAGGACGAUGAUGCCCAGGCUGCGGAUCUCGUGCAAAGCAGUCAAGAUGUUGAGGAAUCCGGCCCUUUGAUGCAUUACGGUGACGUGAACACGAAGAUCGUGGGUGUACGCUACUACAGAGGACAUGCUACCAUCGGUGAGCAUGUGGUCAUCAAAAGAGAACCAUCGAAUCCAUACGAUGGAAACGCGAUGCGGGUUGACAAUGUCAUGGGCAACCAGAUCGGUCAUAUACCGAGAACCAUGGCUGCCAAGCUGGCAAAGUAUCUGGACUCGAGGGAGUUGAUCGUUGAAGGCAUGCUGACCGGUGUCAUUGGCGCAUAUGAUUGUCCUGUAGUGCUGAGACUCUUCGGCACCGGUAACCCGGAGCUCAGACAGGCUCUGAAAGAUCGUAUGGAAGCAGAUAGGCUGCCCGUGAAUAUCCUCAAGCAACAGGAGCGUGAGGAGAUCAAGCGGCAGAAGGAGCGCGAAAAAGCCGAGAAGCAAGCGGCCAAACUGGCUCGUGCCAUGGCAAAGGCUAAAGGACAAGACGAGUGGCAGCUUUCAAGUAACCUUGGCUACUCCAACCUCUACUCAGGGGAAGGUGAUCUGGUCCUCGAGGGCCAGGAAAGUCUGGAAGAGCUGAUCGGGCAGAGCAGCACUUUCAAUCCCCGUGAUAUCGGUCAUGUGACUGAAGACUUUGGCAUGAAAGAAGCUGAUCUGGAAAAGAUGCCCAUGGCUGAAAAUCCAGAAGGGCUGGCGACACAACUUCUGCCGUACCAGCGUCAGGGCUUGGCUUGGAUGAUCUCACAGGAAAACCCCGUACUCCCCGCGGUUGGAUCUACAGAGAUUGUGCAGCUGUGGAAGAGGAAUGGCAACCGGUUCACCAACAUCGCUACCAAUUAUUCGACAUCCCAAGAACCGCCUUUGGCUAGUGGUGGCAUCCUAGCUGACGACAUGGGUCUUGGAAAGACGAUUCAGAUCAUCUCUCUAAUCCUCGCAAACUUUCAACCCAAGACUCCGGCCUCCGCCAAAACCACCUUGAUCAUUUCCCCGGUGGGCGUGAUGAGCAAUUGGAAGAAUCAAGUCCAGGAUCACACUCAUCCCGCAAAAGCCCCUAAGGUGCAUGUCUACCAUGGGCAGGGGAAGAAGGAGGCUGCAAACCUCGAUCAGUAUGACAUUGUCAUAACAAGCUAUGGCGCUCUGGCUAUGGAGUACAACCCCAACGCCAAGGUGCCUCCGAAGAAAGGGCUUUUCUCGCUCCAAUGGCGUCGUGUAGUGCUUGAUGAAGGACACACAAUCCGCAACCCACGAUCUAAAGGUUCUAUCGCAGCUUGUAACCUGCGCUCGGAUUCGCGCUGGACGCUUACAGGGACUCCUAUCGUAAACACCCUCAAGGAUCUCUACUCCCAAGUCCGCUUUCUUCGACUCACUGGUGGCCUUGAAGAUAUGUCCGUGUUCAACAGCGUUCUCGUUCGGCCUCUGAUGACCGAAGAUCCCAAUGCUCGCUUACUACUACAGGCUUUGAUGAGCACCCUCUGCUUGCGUCGUCGGAAGGAUAUGAACUUUGUGAACUUGCGUCUUCCCCCGCUCACAUCUCGAGUUCUACGUAUCAAAUUCCACCCCCACGAGCAAGAGAAAUAUGACAUGUUCCAGUCUGAGGCGCAAGGCAUGCUCAUCGACUUCAAAUCUAAGGGCAAAGGCGGCGCCACAUAUUCUCACCUUCUUGAGGUCAUCCUCCGUCUGCGACAAGUCUGCAACCACUGGGCGCUGUGCAAGAACCGCGUCGACAAGCUCGCGGAGUUCCUCGAGAAAAACAACGUCGUUCCCCUAACCCCAGAGAACAUUAAAGCUCUUCAAGACGUCCUGCAAAUCCGCAUCGAAAGCCAGGACUCCUGCCCUAUCUGCCUCGACGCCAUCCAGCAAGAGCAACCCGUCAUCACCGCGUGUGCUCACGCGUUCUGUCGAAAAUGCAUCGAGGAGGUGAUCGAGCGACAACACAAGUGCCCCAUGUGCCGCGCUGACAUUGAAGACACAACAACGCUCGUCUCCCCGGCCGCGGAGAUGGGCGAAAGCGUCGACACGGUCGAAGCCGACCCGGACAAUCCCAGCAGCAAAAUCGAAGCCCUCGUCAAGAUCCUCACCGCCAAGGGUCAAGCCGCCGGCACCAAGACGGUCGUCUUCAGCCAGUGGACCUCGUUCCUGGACCUGGUGGAGCCGCAUCUCGAACGGCACGGCAUCGGCUUCGCCCGCAUCGACGGCAAGAUGAAUUCGCUCGCCCGCGACAACUCCACCGCCUGCUUCUCCACCGACCCCGCCUGCACCGUUCUGCUCGCCAGCCUGAGCGUCUGCAGCGUCGGCCUGAACCUCGUCGCGGCCAACCAGGCCAUCCUCGCCGAUAGCUGGUGGGCGCCCGCCAUCGAAGACCAGGCCGUCGACCGUGUCUACCGGCUGGGCCAGAAGCGCGAGACCACGGUCUGGCGGCUCGUCAUGGAGGACAGCAUCGAGGACCGCGUGCUGGCCAUCCAGGACACGAAGCGUAAGCUGAUGUUGGCGGCGUUCCGCGAGACGUCCACGAAGAAGAAGAUCGACGACAAGGCCACGAAAGUGGCGGAUCUAGAGACGCUUCUGAAGUAGGCAGCCUCGACUUUUCUCUCCCACCCACAGAUAUUACCUAUUACCUAACUAAAAUCCUUACACCGUACCCUCCUCAUUGUCCCAUGGGGUCUUCCUAUUUCGGUGCACCAGCGUAGAAGUGGUGAAGGAUUCUGUUGUCUAUUUCUAAUUUUCGAGGUUACUUGUCAGUGUUAUCUAGCAUUUAGCUUUCGGUAAUAUGUUUGAAGGAUCUUUCCAAGACUAUAGUUACUGGGUGCUUAUCUACAGCAAAAGCACUACAUGCACAUACCAGAUCUCAAAUCUCU